GCUUGGGAGCAGGGCGCAUCAUGCCGCGUCCACACACCGGAGAGAAAACUGAGAAUGAAAUUGCUUUGGCAAGCUAAAAUGAGCUCGAUUCAGGACUGGGGUGAAGAGGUAGAGGAAGGAGCUGUGUACCAUGUCACCCUCAAAAGAGUCCAGAUUCAACAGGCUGCCAAUAAAGGAGCAAGAUGGCUAGGGGUUGAAGGCGACCAGCUGCCUCCGGGGCAUACAGUCAGUCAGUAUGAGACGUGUAAGAUCAGGACCAUAAAAGCUGGCACAUUGGAGAAGCUCGUGGAGAACCUGCUGACGGCUUUUGGGGACAAUGACUUUACCUACAUCAGCAUCUUCCUGUCAACGUACAGAGGCUUUGCCUCCACUAAAGAAGUGCUGGAGCUGCUGCUGGACAGGUAUGGAAACCUGACAAGCCCAAACUGUGAAGAAGUUGGAGGCCAAAGUUCAUCAGAGUCUAAGACGGUGAUCAGGAAUGCAAUCGCCUCCAUCCUGAGGGCCUGGCUUGACCAGUGCGCAGAGGACUUCCGAGAGCCCCCUCACUUCCCUUGCUUACAGAAACUGCUGGAUUAUCUCAAGCAGAUGAUGCCAGGCUCUGACCCAGAGAGAAGAGCACAGAAUCUUCUUGAGCAGUUUCACAAGCAAGAAGUAGAAACUGACAAUGGGUUUCCCAACACCAUCUCCUUCAGCCUGGAAGAGGAAGAGGAACUGGAGGGCGGUGGGUCUGCAGAGUUCACGUGCUUCUCAGAAGAUCUCGUGGCCGAGCAGCUGACCUACAUGGAUGCACAACUAUUCAAGAAAGUAGUGCCUCACCACUGCCUGGGCUGCAUUUGGUCUCAAAGGGACAAGAAGGAAAACAAACACUUGGCUCCUACGAUCCGUGCUACCAUCUCUCAGUUUAAUACCCUCACCAAAUGCGUUGUCAGCACCAUUCUGGGGGGCAAAGAACUCAAAACUCAGCAGAGAGCCAAAGUCAUCGAGAAGUGGAUUAACAUUGCUCAUGAAUGUAGAAUCCUGAAGAAUUUCUCCUCCUUGAGGGCCAUCGUUUCGGCACUGCAGUCCAAUUCCAUCUAUCGGUUAAAAAAGACCUGGGCCGCGGUCCCAAAGGACCGAAUGCUGAUGUUUGAAGAACUUUCAGACAUCUUCUCAGACCAUAAUAACCACCUGACCAGCCGGGAGCUACUGAUGAAGGAAGGAACCUCAAAAUUUGCAAACCUGGACAGCAGCGUGAAGGAAAACCAGAAGCGCACUCAGAGGCGGCUUCAGCUCCAGAAGGACAUGGGUGUGAUGCAGGGAACUGUGCCCUACCUGGGCACCUUCCUGACCGACCUGACCAUGCUUGACACCGCCCUUCAGGACUACAUCGAGGGUGGGCUGAUAAACUUUGAGAAGAGGAGAAGGGAAUUUGAAGUGAUUGCCCAAAUCAAGCUCUUACAGUCUGCCUGCAACAGCUAUUGUAUGACCCCAGACCCAAAGUUCAUCCAGUGGUUCCAGAGGCAGCAGCUCCUAACAGAGGAGGAGAGCUACGCCCUCUCCUGUGAGAUCGAAGCGGCUGCCGAUGCCAGUGCCACCUCUCCCAAGCCUCGGAAGAGCAUGGUGAAGAGGCUCAGCCUACUGUUUCUGGGGUCGGACAUUAUCACCAGUAGCACUCCCACCAAAGAACAGCCCAAGUCCACUGCCAGCGGGAGCUCUGGUGAGAGCAUGGACUCCGUCAGUGUGUCAUCCUGUGAGUCAAAUCACUCAGAGGCGGAGGAGGGCUCCAUCACUCCCAUGGACACACCUGAUGAGGCUCAAAAAAAGCUCUCCGAGUCCUCCUCCUCGUGUUCCUCCAUCCAUUCUAUGGACACAACUUCCUCAGGGAUGUCGUCCUUGAUGAAUCCCCUCUCCUCCCCUCCGCCCUGCAACAACAACCCGAAAAUCCACAAGCGCUCUGUCUCUGUGACAUCCAUUACCUCGACAGUGCUGCCCCCCGUUUACAACCAACAGAACGAAGACACCUGCAUAAUCCGCAUCAGCAUAGAGGACAACAACGGCAACAUGUACAAGAGCAUCAUGUUGACGAGCCAGGAUAAAACUCCCGCCGUGAUCCAGAGGGCAAUGUUGAAGCACAAUCUGGACUCGGACCCCGCUGAGGUGUACGAGCUGGUACAGGUCAUCUCGGAGGACAAAGAACUCGUGAUCCCAGACUCGGCAAAUGUUUUCUAUGCCAUGAACAGCCAAGUGAACUUUGACUUCAUCUUACGCAAAAAGAACUCUGUGGAAGAGCAAGUAAAACUGCGUAGCCGGACCAGCCUGACGUUGCCCAGGACAGCCAAACGGGGCUGCUGGAGCAACAGACACAGCAAAAUCACCCUCUGAAGGGAGAGACCAGUGGCCCCUUGCUUGCCAAAGGCAGGGUGGGGCUGAGAACAGGCCGUGGUGAUUGCAGCUACCACCCAGUGUUAGAGGAUCAUUGGUGAGGUGGACAGAUAUUUAUUGAGUACCUCUGGUGUGCAAGGCACUAGGAUAGGCAUCGUGGGGAAAUCGGAGAUGAACUUCACACGGAAAGGAUGAUUCUCUUUGACCUAUCGGAGACCGAAAUGCAAAAUUACCCACAUUUAUAAAUAUAUAUGUAUGUACACAUAUUUGGUAUGUGUGUGUAUAUAUAUAAAUACGAGGGACUUAUGGGAUAUUCUGGACUAUGGAGAAACAAAUUUGCACAAUGGCCUGGGAAGUCGAGGUCACUUUUUACAGGGAACUGGAAGGAACUGAGAACCUCGUCUCAUCCCUUCCAAGUAAACGGAAUCAACCCUAGGAAUACAGAGUGUCCUUUGUGCCAGUAUUAUAAGCAGUCCAAACUAUUUUUGUAAAGGGAGAGGAUUACUUUCUCAAUCAAGUGCCACCAGAAAAGAACAACCGCAGAGGUGGGAACUGCCACAGGCUGAAUGAAAGGCCACUUCGGAAAGGGGUUUGGAUGAGCCAGUGGCUUUGACCUCUGCUUGCAUCGGCCAGUUUCUGCUACCCCAGGGAGGGCAAGGAGCAGCUUUGGA